AAGUGCAAGACCACACAUUCCAUCCUGUCUGGUUGAUUAACCAGGCUGCCAAAUGAAAGCAAAGUAUCCGAAGGUUUGUAGAUAAAAUCUACAAAGUGAAGAACACCACAGAAAAGAAGUGCCAAGGCUACAAAUAUAAUCAGAAAAGGGUUUGCAUCAUCAACAGGUAAAGCAUUACUUUGGUGGAACAUCUCAGCUCAAGCACCAUUGCUCACAUCAAAUGUGAAGCAAGGGUGGUACUGGAUAUGUGACAGGAACAAAGCAAGCCCAGGUGGCAGUCAUUGAUAAGAUUCAUUGAUUUAAAGAAGCAAGCUUUCUGGAGCUAUGAACCCUGUAAAAAUGAUGGUAGUCCACAAGCAUCAUCUCUUUUGGAUUGGUUUCUUGGGCUUUUGUGUGGAAUGUUUUGUCCAGGAUCAAAAAAACAACACUCUCAUUUUCACCAAGGAAAACACAAUUCGUAAUUGCACAUGUCCUGAUGAUAUUGGCAACACUGACUGUGAUUACAGUUUGGCAAACCUAAUCUGUAAUUGUAAGACUGUCUUGCCUAAUACAAUAGACAAAACCUACUACAACAACCUAACAAUUUGGUUCACAGACACUGUUAUGCUCGGAAUGCUGUUAAAUUUUACAGCUGUCUAUGACCUGAAGCUCUCACUCUGCGUCUCUAUUCCUCUGUCAAUUGAGUACUUGACUAUCUGGGGAUUGCGAAGACUGCAGAUCAAAAUGAAGCACAAUGGUCAGUUACAAGAGCAGAAUUUAACCAUCUUCAGUAGGUGCGACAAUGACGUGCCAUGCAAAGGAAGGCAAAUUAUUACUUACAUUUCUGUUCUACAUACAUCUCUUUUCAACAGCUACUCCCCACUGAAAUCAUACAGUGUGGAAAAUAUUUCCAAUAUAACAGACCAUUUUCCAAGUUUACCAUAUUCUGAUAACUUCUUCACUACUAAUAAAAGAUAUGUCAUAACAUUCAUUUACUGACCCAGCAUAUUUGCCCAUUUCUCCAAUGCAUUCGUAGUCCUUGAUAAGGUAAUGUUUUACAAGCUACACCCCUGCCAUUCAUUUUUUUAAAUAUCAAAGUCUAAACACAAGUAUUACUGUUGACACUGAUUUGCAUUUCCUAUUUUAGUAAGUUUGUUGAACUUGUCCCCUGAACAAUUUGUCUAUCCUCUGGAAGCAAACCUAAGUAGUCAGAAGUGCUCAGUAGAGCUUGUUCUUAGGACUGCAGCCUUUGCAAUCCUAAAUUAUUUAGUGUUGCCAUAUCUGGUGCAUGUCACACAUCAGAUAACUUUUCCUCAACUGUUUCAUUUCAAGCAAUCAGAUUCUUGCACAGAAUGUUAGGUUCAGUACCAUAUCACAAUUUAUUUCGCUUAUCAUUAUAAUCUUGAGAUACUGAGUUUUCUUCUUAAAAGAAGUUUAUUGGCAUCAUAAUUGUGAGAAAAUCUUGGUGUCCUGUGCAUGAAAAGUGUGUAAAUCUUGUGAAACAUCUACUCAAACUAAUUUUUUUCUUUGGCUUGUGAUUAAAAUAUUUGUACUGGUCAAAUAUAUUUCAGUUAGUUGACUAAUAAUUCCAAAACAACUGAGAAUGACAGCUCUGUGCUACCUAUAUAUAGGCUUGCAUACAUGGGCAUCAACAUCUUGAGAAUGCUCUAGAAGUCUUGUGUAAAUAAUUUGAUAUAUUACCAACUUUCUGCUCAUGCCAUUUUACUCAUCCCACAAUUCCAUUCUCCUCAGUUCACCAGACACAGAGAUCACACAGCUGAGCCAGCAUGGUGUAGUGGUUAAGAGCAGGUGCCUCCUAAUCUGGAGAACCAAGUUUGAUUCCCCGCUCUGCCACUCCAGCCUGGAAACCACACAGCACCCCACUGUACAUAUUUUCAGUGCAAUCCAGUGCAGAGACCUCCAGGCUAUGAUCAUUGGAUUGUUCACUGGAGUAACCCUGCAUAGCAUCAGAUUGUUCUGUUGGUAAAUAAGUUCAGUUUCAAGAAUCUGGAAUCAGGGAAUCAGUACAAGGUUUUCAUGGUGCAGAAAUCACCUAAAAACUAUUGGACUUGAUUUGAUUCCCAAUUCUACAGCCAGCAUGCUCCUCCAUGAACUACACUGUCUCUGAAGUUUUAAUAACACCCAGAUUACUUUCAUUUACAGAGGUUUUGAUACCCAUCCAAAUUGGGGGGGGGGGGUCAGCUCUUAGGAGUGGCACAGCGAAUUUGCCCUCCUCUGGGCACUUACCCAGCUGGAGGACUGAAACUGCCACUGUGUGGCCACCACUCCUGGCACAGGAUUCUGCAGCAGUACAAAGAUAUCCUCAAAGGCACUAAGAUAAUCCAUGAACUAAAUUUUUACUAAACUUCAUCAAAUAUCCUUGAAAUACUUUUAGAUCUCAGAAUUUUGUAUAAUCAGUUUUCUUAAAUUUUAUAGCGUUUUUUAUAAACCAAAUCCUUUGGUAAGUUAUUCCUGCAUUAUAAUUCUUGGAAAGUUUGCACUCAUUGGAAACCAAGAAGAAAGUGAAUGUGUUAAGACUGUACUGCCCCCUAGUAUUUAAAAAAAGCAGUGACGUGAAAGGAAAACAAGGCAAAUAGAGAAAACAUUAUGAUUUCUGAACAAACCUACUAACAUGCAGGCCUCCCUGUUCCAUCUACAGAAUUUUAAUCCAGCCCUGAUGCCUGGAGCGCCCUGUUUUAUCUUUGCAAUAACCCUGUGCGGUAAAGUAGAUUGGCCCAUUUAAAUAAUUUACCAGUAAUUAAAGUUUUGAAUGACAAACAGCUAAAAAUACACAUCGAAAAAAGCUCUGCUAUAAAAUAAAAUAGCCACGCUUCAUUUUUUUCUGCACCAAAUAUAAACACAACUAAAAGUUUAUUACAUUCUCUAGUUCUUAAUUAUUACCAAUUAAAUAAGAUCCCUCUUUUCUCUAUUAUGUCCUCUUUCUUAUUUUACUAAUCCUCAAAUCCACAGCUCAUCAGUUCAUUUUUUUCUAUUUUAAGCAAAACAUCCAUCAAGGGUUUCCAGCUAUCCACAAAGUUUAGCUAUCUCAGCCAAAUCUAAUGUCUUUACAAAACAUUCUUAUAUUGUGAGCACAGAUCAGGUUUUUCAUUUUUGUUCAUACAAUACUCUUGCUGCUGAUGUCAUGUAUAAAAAAGAAAAUUCUGUAUCUUUUUUCAAAAUGUCAGUACAUAAGGACCCAAAAGUAAGCCUCUGGUUUCAUUUGUAUAUUAGUCUUUCAAAAUUGUCUGAAUUAUUGAAUGUAUUUCUGUCCCCAAAAAAUUAACUUUAUUACAAGUCCUCAAUAAAUGAUAAAAUGACUCCUCAUGGUGAGCUUCAGGACUGAGCAGGGAUUUGA